CUGAUGAAGAUAUUAAAUCGCAUGAGUCAGAGACUCGAAGCUUUGCUUCCUCGUUUUUAGUUUAUCCUGAUCAUUUUCGAUUUCUAAUUAGCUUUACUUUAUUAUGGCCCGAAAAUAGAAUCGAUGAUUUUAACUCAGCAGAUUUAUAUCCAUCUGGUGCAGAGCUAAUAUAUCUCGUUUCAAAGUUUUCUCGCCCUAAUUCACGUGCUCUUCGACCAGCAGUAUUUUUCUCAUCUACUGCCACAUUAUUUGACGAUGCCCUUAAGGAAUCACGAGAAAUAGUCAUGACCAAGCUUAAAGAACA